AAAGCAUGUAUUGGUCAUAACACAAAACAAAACACAGCAACGGCAACAACAGAUUUGCAGUAAAUGGAGGAAUAUCCAAAAGGUUUUCGCUUCUAUCCAACAGAAGAAGAGUUAGUUUCAUUCUAUCUAUGCAACAAGUUAGAUGGCAAUAGACCAGAAAUGCAACUUGUUAUCCCAGUCAUCAAUAUUUACGAUGUGGAACCAUGGCAGCUUCCAGAGCUUUCUGGAGAGCUGUGUAAAGCAGAUCCUGAGCAGUGGUUUUUCUUUACACCUAGACAAACUAGGCAAGCUCAUGGAGGGAGAACCAGUAGAACCACAGAUUCUGGGUACUGGAAGGCCACAGGGUCUCCUAGCUAUGUCUACUCAUCAGAUAACCGGGUUAUUGGAAUGAAGAAAUCCAUGGUUUUCUACAAGGGGAAAGCUCCUUUUGGGAGAAAAACUAAGUGGAAGAUGAAUGAAUAUAGCGCCAUUCAAAUGGUAGCCAAUCCAUCUGCAUCUGCUGCCACUCCUAAGUUAAGGCAUGAAUUCAGUUUGUGCCGAGUCUAUGUGGUAUCGGGCAGCCUUCGAGCAUUUGACAGACGCCCAUUAGAAGCUGUGUCAUGUGGAACACCACUUCAAGGUGAUGGGCCUGCAACAUCUCAAAGUGCUGCCAUGAUGAUGGAGAGAACAGCCUCCUCAGGAACUUCAAAUUUCAAAGGAGACCAUUUUGAUCUACCAGAGACCAGCGGAGAUAACUGCAUCUGGGGGAUGGACGAUCAGUCUGAUCUCCUAGAGACCAGUGAAGCUGACCUUUGGAGGAUGGUCAAUGAUCCAGAACAAUCUUCAUGGAAAUGAAAACCACAAGAAUUGCCCUUAGUGGCAACAUAUUUGCCAGUUAACAGCCCUUGAACUACAAAGUUUAGUAGGCUCCCUGUCUAGGACUAGCUAAGCAAAACCAUUAGCUUAAACUAACCUCAAUAAGUAGAAGAUUAAUCUUGUUCUCCCUUGUAAGGUGACAAAAGGCACUGGGAAAUAAGCAAAGAUAUAUCUAAGAUGACCAUUAUUCUUUACAUGAAAAGUAGGAUCAAUUUUUUUGUUGAAAUUGAAGCUUGGAAAAUAAAUAUUUCCGAAGGAA